CUCUCUGUUCCUUAGUUGUCUUCCAUGGCCCCUCUUUCUUGGAAAACCCAUCACCCCCAUCUCUUCCUUUAUAUACCCAUCUCUCAUAUCCCUCUCUCCUCAAAAAACAUACCCUAGUUCUCACUCUUUCUCUUUCACGCUUUCAUUAUCAAUGGCGUCUCCCCAGCAAAACGCACAAGCAAAUUUCCAAGACUUGCUGCCCACCAUGGCCGACAAGCUCGGCGGAGACGGCUUGAUCGGCGAGCUCUGUAAUGGGUUCACUCUUUUGAUGGAUCCCGCCAAGGGGGUCAUCACGUUCGAGAGCCUCAAGAGGAACUCGGCUCUCAUGGGCCUGCAGGACCUGAGCGACGACGAUCUACGGUCCAUGUUGCAGGAGGGCGAUUUCGACGGCGAUGGGGCGCUUAAUCAGAUGGAGUUUUGUGUGUUGAUGUUUAGAUUGAGUCCCGAGCUUAUGGAGGAGUCUCGCCUCUGGCUCGACGAUGUUCUUCAACACGAGUUUAAGCAUUGUUGAUCGAGAUUUGUCCAGAACUAAUUUUAUGUUUCUUGUUAAUUUCCUUUUCCAGUGGUUGUACGUUGUUGUUAUUGUUGUUGGAUUAAGGAGGAAAAAAAAAAAAAAAAAAAAAACUAAGUAGGCAGCUUCUGC